CCGAUCAUCCCGGACGUUUCAUAUUGUUUGUUGAUGUUUAAAAAUGUCAUGAGUCUACAUAUCUAGUAACCGGGUUGAAAUCACUAGCCUUGGAUGGCCUAAGUAGGAGAUGUCAAUCAUGACAUGGCAUACUACGAAUUCUAUGACGAGCGGUUCAAUGAUGGCCGUGUGGGUCAUUUUCGAGGUCUGCGCGGCUAGGGUCUGUUGUCUAUACCUUGUUUGCUCGGAUUGCAGAAACCGAGCAAAGAUCCGAGUAAUAUCAAGGUACCUUUCGCUCGAACACACCUUAACAGGCUGUCCGUUCCUCACAAUCUGCGCACCCCACCCCCGAGAUUGAAAGAGAUACAUCGUUAAUUUGCUUCCCAACUCUCACCUCCACUACCACUGAUGGCUCUAGAGCAUGUUAGCUCCCAGCGGCUGCAUUCAGAAACGAAGGCAGAUGACUCAAUC